UUGCUUGUGGUUCAGUUGCUGGGCCAAAUCCGAUCACGGCGCAUUAAUUCGAGGCUCAUACCUGCCGACGUCAGAGAACCGUGAUCAGCACGAUUUAUCACCGGAACAUAUAUCCUUAAAUUUUCAUUUGAAUCCGAGAAACAGUGUAGACACGAGAGACCACCAGAAGAUCUAAAGUCUGAGAGGACAGAUUUAUAGACCGUACAGAAAAGCAAUAAGUAUGCUGGGGCAUCAUCAGGUUAUCAUUCUGGUGUUAUUCUAUCUUCACAACAUAUAUGCUGAAAUCGACGAAAAUAACGUUAUUCAUCCAGUUAAAACAGUAGAAAGUGCCAAAGAAAUUCAUGAAGAGAAACCACAAUAUUUUGUCAAAGCCGCUGAUAAGAGAGGCAGUGGAUUUUUCCGUAUCGGAAAAAGUGCGUCAAGAGAUGAAGUAAGUGAUGAUAAAAUAGAGAAGAGCUAUAAAUUGAACGAUGAUAAUAGCUUGGCAAAAGUUGGCAGUUAUAUUCCUGAGGGCAUUGGGUUAAUCCAGGUUGUAAAAGAUGGAUCUGAGUCACCUAUCUAUAUUCCUGUAGAAAUGAGAUCCGAAAAUGAUGAAACAGCAAACAAUGGAGACAAAAGAGCAUCUGGAUUCUUUAGAAUUGGCAAAAGCAUAAACGAUUUAGGACAGAAAAGAAAUUUCUUCAGAAUAGGGAAAUCUCUGGAUCCGGACACAAAAGACAAAAAAGCCAGCGGAUUUUUUAGAAUUGGCAGAACACCCAGCAAUGAGAAAAGAGCCAAAGGAUUUUUUCGAAUAGGAAAAAGCUUAAAUGAUUUGAAUGAAAAGCGAGCUUCUGGCUUUUUUAGGAUUGGGAAAAGUAACACAGAUGAUAAAAGGGCUAAAGGAUUUUUCAGAAUAGGUAAAAGCAAAGGAUUUUUUCGAAUUGGUAAAGCAGCUCCUUUGGAAGGCGAGAAGAAGGCAAGUGGAUUUUUUCGUAUCGGAAGAAAUUUACCGACAGAUAUGAGCAAAAAAUCGAGCGGGUUUUUUCGUAUCGGAAAGAGUAUUGAUAGAGAGGAAGGUGAUAAAAGAACCAGUGGUUUCUUUAGAAUCGGCAAGAGUUGUUCAGGGGAUACAAAAAGAGCUGGAAGGUUUUUCCGCAUAGGAAAAAGUCUAUCCGAAAAUGACACCGCCAAAAACACCGAGAACGAAAAUACUUCAUCGUCCCCCAAUCAAAAAUCAAAUGAUCAGACAGAAGAAAGUAAGAGAGCGGGACGAUUCUUCAGAAUAGGUAAAAGAAACAAGAACAGAAUCACAAAGAGAAGUUCUGGUAACGAUGUUUCAUCGUACGAACAAAUCCAUGACAUUCCACACCCACAGGAAAUCAAAAGAGGUUACUUUAGAAUAGGCAAGGUGCCUGCAUCAUCUUUCAUGAGAAUCGGUCGUCAGCAUUUCCUACAGUCCCUGGUAAAUGACCCUUUAUACCGUGAUGGUAGAAUCCGGCAGAAAUCUUUUAUGAGGAUUGGGAAAAGGAGUGCAAACGAUAGAUACUUUGAUACAGACCAGGCAGCACCGAGCGAACACAUUCUCUAAAGUAUUUUGUAACAACGAAAAGAAAGGACUGAAUAAACUUUAUUUUUAAACAAAGAUACAAUUCAAGACUCAAUCAUUUGGCAAAGAUUAGGGGGGGAAAGGGACGUGAAUAAAUCCGAAAAUGCAGUAAAAUAUUGAUAAGACUUAAAGGAGCCCGAUGGAAAAUAUGUUGUUAAAGUGAUUUAUACAUGUAUAAACUCAAAGAUAAUAGGCCCAUCCUGAGCGAAGUAAUGCUAAUAUGUCAAAUAUCUUUCAAGAUUACCGAUGCUAAUUUUGUGUUGUGAUCUUGCCGUGGUUUGCGUGUGAUGAAAUGAGACACCGUGAAACGUUCCGAAAAUGAAAUAGUAUCUUUAGUACAUUUCUCGUGAAAUGACAUCUGAUGAAUAAAUUAAACUUUAUUUUGCUGAUUGGCAUAUGAUCAAUGUGGGAAAUGAAAAAAAACCCUGAAUGUUAACACCAUUAAUUUGCUUUAGUACCCAUGAGACAGUUUCGUACUAUUGUUGAAACCAUGUUAAAUGUUUAUGUUACUAUGUAAUAAAAUCAAUUAUUUGCAGCAAUUUUUGCAAUUUUGAUAAUUCCGUGUUGUAUCAUUGAAAGAUGCAAUUGUAAUGUGUGAUAGCAUUUUAUUUUAACGAUAUUUGUACAAAGGAUUAUUUUUGGAGAAAAAUUGCUUUUUGAAAUUGUUAUUGACGAUAGUGUUCUGAAAUAAAGAUAUAAUUACGUACAGUAAUUACAGUUUUCAAAACA